AUGGCUUCCUUCUCCUGGGCCUCUGCUCUCAGGAUUACUGUCCUCCUCCUUCUCCUCGCCGCUGUGGUUGUCGCCUGCUUCACUCUCCCUGUUGAAAAGAUACUGAAGGACUUCUUGUUAUGGGUUGAACAUGAUCUUGGGGCUUGGGGUCCCCUUGUGCUUGCUGUGGCAUAUAUACCUUUGACGAUCUUGGCAGUUCCUGCAUCAGUGCUCACUCUUGGAGGCGGAUAUCUUUUUGGUUUGCCUAUUGGCUUUGUUGCCGAUUCUAUUGGUGCUACGAUUGGUGCGUGUGCUGCAUUUCUUCUCGGUAGAACUCUUGGUAGAUCUAUGGUUGUUGCCAAGUUAAAGGACUAUCCACAGUUCAGAUCAGUUGCAAUUGCUAUUGAAAGAUCUGGGUUCAAGAUUGUUCUGUUGCUUCGGCUAGUUCCGUUGCUCCCUUUUAACAUGUUGAAUUAUCUGCUUUCGGUUACUCCUGUUUCUUUUAUGGAGUACAUGCUGGCUUCCUGGUUAGGAAUGAUGCCAAUAACACUUGCAUUAGUCUACGUUGGAACAACUCUCAAGGAUCUUUCUGAUGUAACGCAUGGUUGGAGUGAAUUCUCGCCAACUCGUUGGGUGAUGAUCGUCGUAAGCCUAGUUGUUUCCGUGGUUCUAAUAUUCACAGUAACCAAAGUCGCCAAGUCCGCGCUGGACAAAGCUUUGGCUGAAUGUGAUGAAAUAGAUGGGUCAUUGGCCUCGCCGGAGUUGCCAGUGUCAGUAGAUCCUUCAAGUGAUCUGAACCAGCCUCUGUUAAUCAAGAUAGACAGUGAAGAUUACAUCGAGAACAAACGAAACCAGUGA